AUGGCGGCUGUCAGCGGAGGCAUCGAGGCAAAAGUAGUGUGUGAAAUUGCAUUGUUUUCCAAAUUGUUACCGUAGUACUUAAAUGGAAUGGACGAGGAACACAAAGAACUCUUGAAAUUUCACAGAACUCGAUUUCUCCAAUGUGUAGACAUUGAUCGUUUGAUUCCACUUUUACAAUCCAAUGGUGUAUUGAGCAAUGAUGACGUGACCGACCUCAGGAAAUACAGUAGUUCUGGAGCGAAGGCUGAAAAACUCUUGGAUUUAUUACCUUCUAAGGGAUCCCAGGCUUUUCAGGCCUUCUGUUUAGCCCUCGAAACAACAUACCCUCAUUUAUUAACCGUAAUGUUUUUGAGUGGCAAUAAAAAAAUGAGUGGAAUGAAUGAUGACAUUUUACGCAGCAGUCCCUCCUCAGCACCUCAGUCACUGUGUUCUCAUCCAGAAGUUGAUCUCUCUCAAAGCAUAUUAAAAUCUGAUCUCCAUGUUAAUAGUGAUAGGGACGGCUGGCGCAGAAAUCACCAAAAGUCAGAUAGAGAUACAUCGUACCGUAGAUUAACAACCAGUGGUGACAGUAUGAUUUCUUCCCUAAGUACCUUAAGCAAAAAUCAUGGUGUGAGUACUAGUGAUCAUUCUUUAAAUUCUAACCGUGACUAUGACACAGUUCAUCAGAUGAAUGAUUCACAUCAUAGAUAUACUACGAAUGAUUUUUUACAUAAGCAGGAUUCAUCAUUGAGAGAUUCUGACUUCUACCAUACAAAAAAGGGUACUCCUUCAAAAAUGGAGGAUCAGCGCCAUGAAACAAUUAUCUUAAAAAAGCAAUAUAAUGAAUUACUAGCAGAUAAGCAUCGCUUAGAGCAAGAGAUUGAAAGGUUAAAAAGGUUUAGGGAAGAAGAUAGAAAAGAAAUAAAUGAUCUCCAAAGACAGCAGCAAGAAAUGCUGACUGAAAAUGGAAGUGAGGCAGCCCACCAGUUGUACUUAAAUGUGGUCAGAAAAUGUGAGGCUAUGAAAGAGGAAUACGAUAACCUUCACAAACGGUAUGCUGACAUUGUAGCGUCAUACAGUGCUACUGUUUCGAAAUUAGAGGUAACUCAGGAAGAGUUGAGUUGUUGGAGGAAGCGUUAUGAAGACCUAGCAAAUGAACGCAAUGCUGCUCUGCAUGAGAGAAACGGCCUGCAGCAACAAUGCACGGCAGCAAUAAGGCAAUGGGAUAAUGCCCUUCGGGAGCGGAAUGAAGCCAGAGAGCAGCUUGCCAAGGUUCAGCAACAGCGGGAUGAAGCAAUGAAAGAAAUAAAUCAGGCUAUGGCUGUGAGAAUCAAAGCAACUAAAGAUCUGGCUAGAUUAACUGAGGAGAGAAAUGCUGCUGUUCAAGAGUAUUCUCUGAUAAUGUCUGAGCGAGACACUGUGCAUAAGGAAAUGGAGCGACUGCAAGAAGAAUUAACUGAAGCACAAAAAAUUAUCAAAAAUUCCGAGGGUACCAAAAAAGCUACUGCUGAAGAGGUGGAAACUCUGAGAAGAGAAAUUUCAUCAGCUUUGCAAGAUCGAGACAGGGCACUGAAAGAAUGCAAUGAUCUGCGUGAAAAAUAUGGUGAUUAUGUGACUGGUCGAGAGGAAGGGCAACGUGAGAAAGACUGGAGGAAAUGUGAAACUCAUUGGGAUUCUGUUGGCAGAGAUAAUUCCAGAAAAGAACGUGAUAGCCAGUGGGAGAAUUCUUGUGAUGGAAUCAUAAAAACUCAUGGUCAGUGGCUCGAUGAUUUAGAUCAGGCGAACAGAGAAAUAGAAAGUUUGCGGCGACAAGUAGAAAGGUUACAAGCAGAGUUAGUAGAAGCCCAGCAAGAAGCUGAAGUUUGCAAGAGGAGACGUGAUUGGGCUUUCAGUGAAAGGGAUAAAAUAGUUUUAGAAAGGGAAAGCAUUCGAUCAUUGUGUGAUAAGCUGAGGAAAGAAAGGGACCGGGCAGUCAGUGAUUUAGCAGAAGCUUUGAGAGAUUCAGAUGAUGUGAAAAGGCAGAAGAAUGAGGCAUCCAAGGAGCUGAAAGAAUUAAGAGAGAAAAUAGAAGCUCAGUUAGAGAAAGAGUCCAGAAUGAAGCAGCUAAACUCUGUGGGAAAUACACACAGUAGAGAUUCAGCAAUUGAUGCUGACAUGCAGGAGUGGGAUACGGAAAAUGUUGAAGUUUCUGUUAAAAUUUCUUCGGAGGAUGACCUGGGUCUGGAACUCGGAGGUGGGAAAGGAGAUAGUUCAAACAACUGUGAAAAUCCUGUUUUCAUUAGAAGUAUAGCCAAAGGCAGUAGAGCUGAAGGGAAGCUAAAAGUCAAUGACUGCAUCGUGAAGAUCAAUAAUAUUGACAUGUGUAAUGUUGACCGGAAAACUGCCAUGGAAACUUUAAGAAAUUGUAAUGGCAAUGUUACAUUGGUUGUAAAAAGAAGAAGAAUGACUAAUAGCCGGGGAGUAAAUAAUGUCAUCCUGAGUGUUCAUGGUGGUAAACACCAUGGCUUGGCUGUUGAAAAUGGUGUUUACAUUAGUAGAAUUACUCCUGGCUCUGUUGCAGCUCGAGAAGGAUCAAUAGCAGUUGGUGAUAGAUUGUUAUCAAUUAAUGGCAAAUCAAUUGAAAAUGUGAAAAAUGCUGGAGACUUACUUGAUCUCGCCAAUUCAACUCUUACUCUACAAGUUUCAAAGUGCAUCCCUUGCCCAAGUUCUCCUCCUAGUUCUGUGUCUAAUUACCAAAACUCAGAUCUGCGAAAUGAGAAGAAAAAAGGUUCUAGUCCCACGGGAAGCCAUGGUAGAGAUAGUGUUCAAUCGUCACCCGAUAAAGAUAUAUUAUCAAUAUCACCAAAAAAGCCAACUUUGUAUGAACAAGACAGUGAAAAGUCUUUAAAAUCCCUCAGUUCAGAAAAUUCUAAAAAAUCACCAGAAUCUUCACCUUUGUCUCCUGUUUCCAGAAGACGGAAAGCAGCUUCUGACGAUCGAACUCGUUACCCCUCGUCUCAGCCGACUCUCUUAGACCGAGCUUACAAUAAGAUAUUUGGUGAAAAACGCACAUCAAAAGACAAAAAGAAUUCACAAAAUGCACAUUCACCAUUGUUGGGUCAUGAUGAAGAAGAUCCUAUUGCAGAACUGGAUUCAGUUCUUGAAGUUCAUAGCAAAAUGCUUAAUAAGACUAGCAAAGAAAGUUCAAAGAAACCAGAAAAAAAUGGUGGUACUUGGCCAAAGUACAAAGGUCCCCUCAUUCAAUACAAUGAAGUUGGGACAGUGGCCCGUUAUCCCAGUCGAAGAAAAUCUGAAAGGAAAUCUUUGGCCACAGUCAGCAAGCAGUUUAGCCUCUAUGAUCCAAAUGUACAACAUACACCCAAACAGACCUCAGAAUCUCGUGUAAAUCAUAUAUUAGACGGCUGCAGUGAUAAUGAAAAUAAUAGUCGUCUGUCUGUAACUAUGAACAGUGACAGGAUAUCUGUGUUUGUUGAUUGUCAGCAUGGACAUCAAUCUUCAAAUUGUUCAAAAAAGUCUAAUAUUCCUAUUAUUUCACCAAGUGCUAGCAAUACACAAACUUCUAGCUCAGGGUCUUCAUAUGCUUCUCCAGACAUUGAUAGUCCUCACAAAAAUUUAUCUGGUCAAAGCAAUGAACAGUUAAAUGAUAUUAGGGCACCAUCUUAUAAUGGGAACUCUAGCCCUAGUUCAUUGUUAGAUUAUUCUGUAGUAUCUGCAUAUCCAAACAAGGAUGUAUUAGAGUAUUAUAAAAAUAGAAACCGUUCUCGUCCACGGUCUGCUUUGUUUGGUAUUUCAGAUUCUGACUGUUUGAGUUCUUUGGAGUCAAAUUCUUCAAGUCAAUGUGGUAAAAAUCUAAUGAGCUUGGGUAUGGAUCGGACAUCUUUCAGUCAUUCAGAUGGGAUACCUCUUUCAUUUUCUCCUCCCGACAGGCCAUUAAGUGCUCGUUCUGGACACAUGUAUCCUGUUACAGUUCCUACAAGUCUGACUGCUUCUGUUAUUAGUCCUCCUAAUCUGCUUCGGAGCAGUACACCAUUUUAUACUUUGAGCACUGGUCAGAGAGGCAUAACUCAUUCUCAUCAUCCACAUAAUCAUACUACGAGUAACCAUGGCAACGCACUUGUUGUUUCACCUUUGCCCUCAGCAUCUAGGUAUUCAUCCCCACCUGGUCUCUCUGUAUAUACUUCAAGGAGCGGGGACUCACUGUUAAGUGUGUCAGUUACAGAAUCUAUGCUCGUGGAUUCUCGUUCUUUUCAUACGCAUGCAGACAGUGGGAGGUACUCUCUCAAAGACAGUGGACGACACAGCUUUACGCCUAGCCCUUCACCAUGUCCUUCUCAGUACAGUUAUUCUAACCCAUCACCCACCCAAAGUAUAGAUUUACAUUACCACCACAGCUCAUCCUGUCAGACGCCGAAACGAGUGGUACCUGCUCACACUCAUGUUCAUACUGUCUAUAGAGAAGAUUCAUAUAGUCCAUCAGUAACUGAUGGUUUAUUAACAUAUCCAAAAAGAAAUCAAAGAAUCCGCAUCCCAUCCAACCCAAGUGUGACAUCUAAGUCUUCAGCUGGUAAAGUUUCUAGUAGCUCAAUUGAGAAAGCAUCAUCCGUGUCGGAGAGAAGCAGCCCAUUGCCACCUUUUACUGUAGAAUGGCAAAACCCUGAUGGAUCUCAGGCCUUGUCUGAUUUUAGAGACAGAAUUCCCAAAUCUGGUGAUUUACGAAGUAUCUGCAUCGAAAAAAGUACAGAACCUUUGGGUAUUCAAAUAAGUUGUGGUGCUGGAGGUGGUAUAUUUGUAUCAUCUGUUACAAAGAAUAGUCUUGCUGAUCAGGCUGGCCUUCAGGUUGGAGAUCAUCUCCUUGAGGUAUGUGGAAUAAAUAUGAGAAGUGCUACAUACGGAUUGGCAGCUAAUGUGUUGAGACAGUGCAUUGAUAGCAUUACCAUGCUGGUGCAGUAUAAUCCAGAAAAAUUUCGGGAAGUUGUACCUGACAAUGAGGAUUCUAGUGAUGCAAUGUCUCCUUGUGAAACUCCUGUGAUGUCUCAUAAAAAAAGUCUUUCAAAAUCUGUUGAUGCUUCCAAUGAAGAUGUGCCAAGUUCACCCAGCUCAGCAGCAUCUACUUUAACUAAGAAAAAGUCUGGUUUGAGUUUGAUACCUGGGGAGAAAAGGAAUAAAAAUUCAAAAAACUCCAGUUCUGAGGCAAGGCUAGUAAUUUUAAAGAAAGCCACUUCCAAUCUUGGUAUUAGUCUUUUAGGGGGCAAUGCUGUUGGUAUUUUUGUCCAUGCUUUGCAAGACGAUUCUCCUGCACAAGGUGCAAAUGGUCUACGAACCGGUGAUCAAAUUUUAGAGUACAAUGGAAUAGAUCUGCGGCAUGCAACUGCAGAGGAAGCUGCAUAUGAACUAGCAAAACCAGCUGAUACUGUGAAAAUUCUUGCUCUUCAUAAUUAUGAAAGGUAUCAAGAAAUCCAGGAUCAACCUGGUGAUUCAUUCUACAUCCGUGCCAUGUUUGACCGAAUAAGUAUAAAUGGGUCUUUAGCAUUCCAAAAAGAUGACAUUUUAUAUGUAGACAAUACCAUGUAUAAUGGUGUUCCUGGAUUGUGGCAGGCAUGGCUUGUAGAUGAAGAAGGAGAAAAAAUUAAGUGUGGUUUUAUUCCAAGCAAGUACAAGGUAGAAGAAGAACUGAUGAUGAAAAAGAGUAUCGGUGAUCUCGAAGGAGCAGAUGGUGGUCGAAGGGGAUCGACAGCUGCGAGGCGUAGUUUUUUUCGACGGAAACGCCACCAUCGGAGUAAUUCGAGAGAUAGCAAAGAAUUAGCUUCUUUUUCUGAUGUUUCUAUCAAUAGUUGCAGUGAUUCCGGUAUUUUGGGUGUGCCUCUAACGUAUCAGAGAGUUGAGAAGCAGCACUAUGAAUCUUGUCGCCCAGUCAUUAUUGUGGGGCCAUUAAUGGAAGCUGUGGUAGACCAGUUGGAGCAAGAUUUUCCCCAUGUUUUCCAACGGUGCAUUCCAGAAAAAAUGAAAGGAUCUCUUUCAAUGAUGGAACGUGGGCUGCAAGAACUGAAGUUUGUAGAUUUCCGAAGGCGUGGAAAUCAUUUCGAGUGUACUACCGUUGUAGCUAUAAAACAACUCUGUGAUAAAAACUGUCAUGCUCUUUUGGAUUGUAGUCUUUCAGCAGUGGAACGUUUAAACCAAUGCAUGAUCUACCCAAUAGUCAUAUUUUUAAAAUAUAAAUCUACAAAACAAAUAAGGGAAGUUAAGGAUUCUCGUUAUUUAACAGAAAAAGUCACUACUAAAGCUGCUAAAGAAAUGUUUGAACAUGCCUUGAAAAUAGAGAGUGAAUAUAAGCAGCUCAUUAAUGCUGUAAUUCCAGGCUCAAAUUUGGCCUACAUGUGCACUCAGGUGAAAUCUUGUGUAGAGGAAGAGCAGAGUAAAGCAUUAUGGGUGCCUAGUGGUUCACUAUAACAUAGUUUGUAAUUAUAAAUAUCCUUGCAAAUUAAAAUUUCGUUUUUUGUAAAUUUGUAGUGGUGUUGAACUUGAAACCACGUCUAAUUGCUCAUUUGUCCAUCUGCUGCGAAUUCGAAGAACUGAACACUUGCAUGAAGCUGUAUAAAUAAAUAUAUGAUGCAUGUACAGAGAUAGACUGUGCUAUACGCGCGCAUUUGUGUGUCGGGGUACUUUUUAAAGUGAUUUUUUUAAAAAUGUACUAUAAAACAUUUCUCAUUCUUUGUUAAAUUAUGCAAGUGAUUGAUUCCAUCUGUCUAAAUGUCUUUGAAAUUACAUUAUGUUAAAUUUUUGACAUUUUAAAAUUAACAGAUUUUAUAUAUAAAUCUAAUUUUUUCUAACAAAUGCUACCGAAUUGUUGCGAGCAGCUUGUUUGUUAUAUAGAAGUAAGAUUUGUUUAGUAAUUGAUGGUUCAGAAUCAUUUACUGUUAUUAAUAUAUUGAUAUGAGAAUGAGGAAGAAUUAUCAGUAUUUAUUAUGUGAUGCUUUAAAUUAUAAUUUUUAAUUUUUUUUAAAUUUUAUUUUUAUAGCUGUGUAAAACCCUUUAUGUCAGCAUGCACAAUUUGAGCUUGCAUUUCUAAAAUUAAAAGCAUAAAUUUUGAAAAAAUUUCUAUAAAUUAAAAAUUAAUGACUGUAAAAAUUAAUUUAUAUAAACAUACUUUGACAGAUGAGGAAGUAAUUUUUAUAUAUCUCCUAGAAGCAUGUUACAAUAUAAUCAUGUAAGCUUUACACAAUACUUCAAUGGUAUAUAUAAAUUAUUAACUGUAUAAUAAAUGAAAAAGUACUUUUUAUGAUAAAUUGCAAUAUAUCUGUGGUUAUUUUGUUUAGAAUUUUCCAUAGUUUAUUAUAUUAAAAAUUAAUUGUAAGUUACAUUUCGUGAGAAUUUAAUUUUUGUGUAGUAAAAAAAUAAAACACUAAUAAAAUUCUGAAGACAGUUCAGUUUGCAACCAGUACUCUAUAUUGUAAAAUCUUGCAUAUUAUAGCAGUGGUUCUCCACCUUUUUUGGGCCGUGCGGUAAAGUCGCUGGUCUGAGGCUCGAAUCCCGGCAAAUCGGCUGACUGAAUGGUGUUUUCAUGGGUUUCCCCAUGUGUUAGCCUUCGAAAGUCCUCCAUUUAGGCAGAUAGCUUUCUAAGUGCUUUGCCAUAAUUAAACAAAAUAACCUUUUUUGUCCCAUGCUACACUUUCGCCAUUGCUAGAGAAUCAUCCUUUCCAAAAUUUGAAAAAUACAUAUAUAGUUAUUUACAUUUAGAUUAUUAUUUAAUGUGUUUCAUAAAUUAAGCUUGAAAAAUUUUGAUAAAUACCAAAACCUUAAUAAAAUAUUUAUGUUUAUUCAUAAACCAAAACUAAAUCCUAGACAAGUAAAUAAAAGGCUGAUCACAUUUCCCCCACCCAGUUCAGAACCCCCUGGUAUACAGUCAUGUUUGUUUAAUUCAAACCUAAAAUUAAAAUUUCACCUAAAUUUGAUUUGCAUGUAACUGUGAACGAGUUUCAUAUGUGCAGUGUAGUUCUGUUAACAAUCUGAGAGCAGUAUAUAUGUCUAAAUUUUUAUGUUAAGUGUUAGAAUUUUGUUUGAAUUUUGUGCAGCCUAAUAAUUAGCAGAGAAAGCUGUGAACAGCUGACUCUGAAUAAGCUGUUAUUGAAACUUAUUUUUCAUUACUUUGAUGUUUUAUAUUCUUAAGCUUUUAGGGUAAUUAAUAUGCACCUGUAUCAGUAUCGUGGAGUUGUUUUUGUUUAUUUUUAAAUGCAUUAAUUGUAUAUAUGUUGCAUAUUUCUUUUAAGUUUAAAAUAAAUAUUCAUUGAAUAAGUAUAUGCAAGAUUUUACAAAAACUGUUCUUAUUCCUUGUGUUCUAUGUAGUAUUUUACAUAUAUUCUAAAUUCCAGGACUAACUGCUUUAAGUUUUCAGUAAGAAUUUAAAUGGUCAGUUUUAUUGCCUUUCUUUGAAUUCAUCACUUCUUAUCCCCAGGUCUUAAAUAAAUUUUAAUUUUGUAUUUCUAAUUUGAUAAAAAUUUUGAUUUGAUUUUCAAGCUUGUGGUGUUUAUUGAAGUAAUAUUAUUCAUUUAGAUCAGGUUCCCAACUGUAUACCCUCCAAUCAUUUAAAGUGUGCCUACCACUGUGCGAUCACAAUGAAAAUGUUUUAGUUUUCAAUAAAAUUCUAUGUGAAAGUUUUCUCAUUUUUAAUGAAAUAGAAAUAGCAUCCAACACAGACACCAGCACAAAGUGAAAUGUGACCGAUUUCUUUUUUUAUGUACAUGUAUUAUUAACUCUAUCCAACUAUAAAUUUACCUUGAAAAAGUAAAUGUUGUUUGCCAUCCAACAGAUAUUCUAAAAUGGCUCUUAAGGACAAAAAGCUUGGGGAUCCCCCUCCCCCUGAUUUAGACAUAUCUAAUUGUGUACUCAUUUGUGCAUGCAAUCAGCCUUUAUUCAAUUUUAGGAGUAAUGACGAGCUAUAAAAAUAAAGUACAUAAGUUAUUUGAAGAAUUUGUUUUUAUCAUCCAAUCUUAAGAGUAUACUUUUGUAGCUUUUAUUAAGUAAUGGUAUAUUAAUUAAUUGGGAAAAAUAAGUAAAUAGCAAUAUUUUGUCUUGUGAUUUCAUUUGUAUAUGUGCAUUUCGAAUAACAAAGUUUGUUCUUUGACCUUGUGUUAGAAUUGUGUCACUUUUAGUACACCCCUAUUACAUGUAAACCCUGUAUGAAAUUUAAUACAUAAAGGUGACAGCAGUAUUAAUGUAGUGCAUUUUGAUAUUUGUAUUAAUCUAAGACAAGCUGUAAAAAGUUUGAUUUGCAAAGCAUAUUUCAUUUUUAAUUCUUUGGUUCUGUUUAUUAUGUUGAUAAUAGGAAUUGUAAUGGCAGAUUUCUCUUGUGAUAUAUGUGUUGUUUUCAAUACUAUUGUAUUGUAUUAAAUUAUUUAUGAACAGAUGUUAGUCAGUGAUUUAAAGAAUAUUAUGAAAUUAUGUUGUAUAUUUUCUUUUUUGAAAGGAAGGGGAAAGUUUAAUAAAAUUUCAGUCGUGCUAUAAAAAUAUGCAAAAUCAUAAUAAUAAGGUAAUCCUGAGAUUAAUGGUGAAUUUCCUUUAUGCUAAUCAGAUCAAAGCACUAUCUGCAGUUGAUUUAAAUUGUAAAAGUUUUGUUGCUUCUAAUUUAAAGAAAAGGACAGUUUUUAUGUAGAUUCUUUAAAUUUCUGUUAAACAUUGUGGCAUGUUUACGCAUUAGUAUUUACUGUAGUUUCUUUAUGUGUCUUUUGAAGAUGUUCCUAUUCACUAAAUAAUUAAAUUAUAAAAAAAUUAACUAAAUUUUAUUUGAAUUAAAUAAUUAACUUGUGUUUGAAUUUAAUUAAAAAUUAGAGUAAUCUUUAAGUCUCUGAAACUAUAUGCAUAUUUAUAUGUAUGCACACAUACUGAAGUAUUAAAAAACUGGCGUAUCAGUUUAAUGCUCUACAGAACCAUCUUUUAACUGUAGAAAAAUAAACUAUGCAUGUAAGGGACAAUAAAUGACAUACAUCCUGCAAAGCAAUUUCGUAUUUUAAAAGUGUAAGAUAUCUGUGUUCCACAGCCUGUUGUGUGGCAUCUCAAAUGUGUUUGAUAAUGGCGAGAUGUGAUGGCUUGGAUGGUAUAGCAUUAUCUGCAGAGAUAAGUGUUUCUGUAACUGUAAUCAUCUGUAGAUUUGUGUGGCUACUCUUAGAGGCAAAUAAAACUAUUAGAAUGAAUACAAGCUUGAAAAAGUUUGACUCAAAAAGGAACAUACAUGACAGUCAGCAUUCACUUGUUAGAUGUGUUUGCAGACAUACUAAGAUUGGCACAGAUUGCCAGCUAAACAGAUCCCAUCCCAUUACAGAGCCAUCAAAUUCUGUGUGGUCUCUUGUUGACAUUUAGGAUCCAUGGCAUCAUGAGGUUCAUUACUUUUCCUUACAUAUGCACAAAUUUUAUUGUUUGCCUGAAAUAGAAAAAUAACUGCUGAAACCAGGCUUUUUCCAGUUGUCAGGUGACCACCCAAUCCAAUCUCUAAAUUACCAAGCAAAGCAAAUUGCAUGGUGCUAUAUUGUGCAUUCAUCAUGGAUAAUGAAGUUGGGUUUCAGAAUUUAAAACUCACGAGGAAGCGAACAUUUUAUGCUCAUUUAACUCCAUUGUUACUUGAGGCAGUGCUAUACCCCUCUCACAUGAAAUAAUUUUUGCCAGCAGAUGUUGGUUAUAUUUAUCUAGAGUCUUUUCACUGCAUCACUUUUGUAAAUCCAAAAUUUUGCAAUAAUUUUUAGUCAUGAUGCACUCUUUAAAUGGUCAUAAGUGAAAAUUCCAACUUUGCAUGCUUAUUCAAAAUGUUACAACUUACCAAGCAAAUUAAUAAAUUAAAUUUUAAAAACCUUUUCAUUCUUUGGAUAAAAAGAACUUUCACAAACAUUCUGGGAAGCAAAAGAACUAUAAACUUUCAUAUUUUAUGUAUAUAUUGGUAGAUAUGAUCAGUGAUGUUCAUAUGCAGUGUUACUAAAUGUCCUGUUUAAGGUUGUUCUGUGCCAGUUUUUUACACUUUCAUUCAUAUACAUAUAAAUAUAUAUAUAUAUAUAGAGAGAGAGAGAGAGAAUUAAUAGGCUAUUUUAUAGAAUAAGUUUUUAAUUUGCAUAUAUAAUUUAUCAGUUCUUGGCUAAUGUCUUUUGUUUAAAUUUAACUUUGAAUGCCUGUGUUGUAAAUAUGCUAAUAUAAUAUAAACAUAUUAUGAUAGAUAUUUAAUAAUGUAAAGAAACAAAUAACAUUAUUAAAUAUCUAUCAUAAAUGAGGUACAUCUUUUUCUUGAUAAUGUUUAAAUUAUUUAAAUAGUCAUAAUUCUAUUUUUCUAAAGUUUCCUGUUAUCUAGCUACCAGAGGGUAAAUUGAAAAGCACCUUUAUCCUGUUCGUGCGAGGCUGAAAUUUUUUUUACCGAAUGCUUUGCGUGCAUUAGCUUUUAUUGAGGGGGGGGUCAGUUUUGGUCAUUAGUAAACUGAAAAAUUUAAUGUUUUCCUUCUUCCUUUCUGUUUUCUUUUUUCUGAAUUUAUCAGUUUUUACCUGUUUUUUAACCUUAAUUAAGUGAAUUUUUGUGUGUAUCUGUUUUUAAAAAUUUAAAUGUUAUUAAGUAUUUGUAGUUUAUUAAUUGUACAUUGCUAUAAUUUUUUGUGCAUGCAAAAUUUGCAUCUUUUUUUGUACGUAAUUUUUAAUAUGUCAAAAUUAUCACAGGGUAUUUAAAUAUUUCAAACUGAUAUAUUCUGCAUUUUUUAGUAGUAAAUAGAAUUUGUUAUGUAUUAGGUCGUAUGUAGAACUGACAUUCAGGCCUUUCUUAAAAUUUUAAAAUUCGCAUAUCUUAAAUGCCAAAAAUGAAAAGAAUCCUUUUAAAUUAUUUGUAAAUGAUAUUUAUAGUACAAUGUUAUUCCUUCCAUUCUUGUAAAAAUACUUCCAUAAUUAUUUUGUAUUUUUAAAAUGCAUCUGCAGAAUUUGCUUGAAUUUUUUAAUCCUUUUAAGUAAGUUAUUUUGUAGUUAAUUCAUUUGAAUAAAUGUCAGGCUGAAAGUUUAAAUAU